AUGACAGGCGCGACUGUCUUCUCACGGUCCUUGGUAUAUAACCUGUACUUCAGUGAUAGUCUGGCCUAUAUAAGGCACACCAGAUACACGACCGCCACUUCCUUCUCAACUCACUCGCCAACCAUGUGGACCUUCGCAGCUCUUGCGCUCUUGGCUCAGGUGUGCCACGUCACACUGGCUAUCGAAAUGGCACCAUAUAAUCUGGUUAACUCGGCUGAGACGUACGAGGAGCGCGUGUACCCGGCGCAGAAGUGGGUCACCACAUCCCAUCUCUCCAUCUCUCACCACGAAGCCACCAGUGACGUCAUGUUCCGCAAACUGUUCAACUACAUCGACGGACAGAAUGAUGCAGCUAUGAAGAUCGACAUGACUUCCCCUGUGACCACGCUGGUCAUCCCCGGAGAAGGACCCAACUGCGAGAACAACUUCACCAUGAGUUUCUACGUCCCCGCCGCCCACCAGGACAACCCGCCCACGCCCACCAACCCUGAAGUGAACAUCGAACACCGUCCGGAAUUGCACGUCUUCUCCAGGAGGUUCCACGGGUUCGCCAACGACGAGGACUGGAUCAUCAACGCCGCGCAGCUUCACGACGACCUGGUGGCAGCUGGCGAGGAGGGCGUCGACUUCCAGACCUACUACACUGUCGGCUACGACUCUCCCUUCGUUAUCAUCGGUCGCAACAACGAAGUCUGGUUCAUGAAGAAAGACAUGAAUUGA